GGAUUGUUUCAGAUGUCAUAUUUAGUAUUGACACUGACAGUUUUUGUCACUUGUUCAUGAUCUUUUUGGCUAAUGCUACAUUUUAUCUUUUUUUGUAAUGUUUCUACUUUUCGCAAUACCUACGCGUUAAGCUAAACUAAAAUGGAAGUAUUUAACAAAUUCUAUUCGUCCGUCAGUAAUACAGUGUCACAAUUAUCAGGAGUUUUACCAGGAAAUCCAGUCACCCGAGAAUUCGAAGCGACUCAAUAUAUUGCUAGCGCUGGGCCUGGAUUAUUAUGGAAAGUUUACAAAGGUUACAAAAAAUCAACAAAGCAAGAAGCAUCAAUAUUUGUUUUUGAGAAAAAACAAUUGGAAAGAUGGUCGAAAACAGACAGAGACAUAAUGAUAGACAUUUUAAAACGUGGUAUUGUGCAACUAACGAAGUUGAGGCACCCUCAAAUACUUACAGUCCAGCACAGCUUAGAAGAGAGCAGAGAAAGUCUGGCUUUUGCAACUGAACCAGUUUUUGCAAGCUUAUCUAAUAUACUUGGAAAUACGGAGAAUAUGCCCCAACCUGUACCAAACAAUGUGAUUAACUAUAAACUUUAUGAGGUCGAAAUAAAAUAUGGCUUGAUGCAAAUAGCUGAAGGCCUAGCAUUUUUACAUAAUGAUGUCAAAUUACUCCAUCACAAUAUCUGUCCAGAAUCUAUUAUUGUAAACCAACAGGGUGCUUGGAAAAUAUUUGGUUUUGAUUUUUGUAUUGCUAAUCAAAGCAUGACUGGUUCUGCACCAUUUUGGCCUUUUACUGAAUAUUGUCAGGCUAUGCCACCCUUGACUCAGCCUGCCUUAGACUAUUUGGCACCGGAGUAUAUUUUAUCUGCCUCACAUUCCCCGGCAAGUGACAUUUACUCACUAGGUAUGUUCAUCUAUGCCAUACAUAGCACAGGUCAUCAAACAUUAGGCAACAUUGGCAAUGAUUAUGGGAAGUUUAAAAGAUUUGUAAAUGAGAUCAAAAACUUGCCACCUUCUAGAUUAUUCUGUGUAAAUGAGGGUUUGAGAGAAUUUGUUAAACUUAUGUUAAAUGCCACUCCAGAACUCAGACCUGAUCCGCAUCAAUUCUUAAAAAUUCCAUAUUUUGAAGAUGUUGGUGUUAAAACAUUAAAUUAUUUAGACUCAUUAUUUCAAUGGGACAACUUGCAAAAAUCUCAAUUUUACAAAGGCUUACCGCAAAUUAUACAAAAAAUGCCACAUCGCAUUUGCAUAUAUAGAAUUUUGCCAUGUCUCACGAAAGAAUUCGUCAACCCGCCGAUGGUUCCCUUCGUACUUCCAAAUGUUCUACUCAUAGCCGAAAACUCAACGAAAGAUGAAUACAUAAAAUAUAUCCUGCCAGUUCUAAAACCAGUGAUGCUUAUACAAGACCCAAUACAAAUAUUACUAAUAUUUAUGCAAAAAAUGGAACUGCUAUUGAAAUUGACUCCAGGAGACGAAGUAAAGAGUGAUAUUCUACCAAUGUUGUAUCGUGCAUUGGAAUCAGACGCUCAACAAAUCCAAGAGCUUUGCCUGUCGGUGCUGCCAACAUUCGCUUCACUGAUUGAUUAUCCUGCAAUGAAGAAUGCUCUAUUACCGCGUAUAAAGAAGCUGUGUAUAAGUACGAACUAUAUUUCGGUUCGUGUAAACUGUCUUUUAUGUCUUGGUAAAUUGUUGGAACAUUUGGACAAAUGGCUUGUGUUGGACGAAAUUAUUCCGUUCCUACCACAGAUACCGUCUAGAGAACCGGCUGUGCUAAUGGGAAUUUUGGGUAUUUACAAGUUAACUCUAAGUCAUAAAAAACUCGGAAUAACGAAAGAGGUUAUGGCAACGAAAGUUUUACCAUUCCUAAUACCAUUAUGUGUUGAAAAUGGGUUAACAUUGAACCAGUUUAAUGCUCUCAUUUCACUCGUGAAGCAAAUGAUCUCUAAGGUGGAGGCUGAGCAUAGGACUAAGUUGGAACAACUAAACUCCAUACAGAAUGAGUCGAACGUAAUGGAACAGGCUUUGACAUCAUCAGAGAAUCUUGUACCAGCAGCUCCUCAAACAGACAUAGAUAAAAUGUUCUCAGGGCUCGGCAUUGAUCCCUUUUCAUUUAAUAACAAACAAGAAAAGAGUGAACCGUCUGCUCUGAAUGUUAAUGAAAGUGGGUCUCUUAGUAUUGAAGACAAACAGAGAAUAGCACAGCAACAAGAAAGUGCCCGAAAGUUUUCCCGGCAGCAUCAUCCGCACGUAAUUCCUGCUCCUGUAAUCGUUCCUCCUCCACAGCUUUCCAAACCAGUCGACCUAACCAGUUCAUUACUCCAGUCCAAUUUAAACCAAUUGACAACUAGGCCUCUUCAACCAGCAUCAAGCAUAAGCCAACCAACACCAAUAGUUACACAAACUGUACCAAACUAUAAUCUCAAUGUUGGCAAUUCUUCAGCUAAUCUUGGUUAUCAAAAUAGCAGCAUCCCCUUUGAUAACCAACUCGCUUUACCUUCAAGUACAGGAUGGACUCAACCGAUGGGGAAUUUUACAAAUCCAAGCGGUAACUUUAAUAAUAAAUGGGCAAAUAAUCAAAACAACCAGAACAGUAUGAAACAAGACUGGUCAGCCUUCGAAUCUCUUUUACCUAACCAGAAUCAAAAUAGUACGAACAAUAAUAACCCCGUUAAAAAGUUGAACGCUAGUGAAAUGAUGGAUUUGUUAAGUUAAAUUGAAUUAAAUAGAUUUAUUUUAAUACAACUACAAUUACUAUGGUUAGUCUAUAUUCAUACGGCGCUAAUAAUAAUUACACAGUUAAAAGUAUAAAAGUCAGACAGGAGCUAAUGUAAAAAAAUAACUUCUAAUAAGCCAUAUGAAAUUAAAAAUUAUUGUCAAAACAAUUUCUACACCAAGUUUAACAACUUUGUAUAUUACACAGUACAUAAUCUAAGUACAUAGUUCAUUCGAAAUCAAGAAUCAAUCAAAUCUGAAUAUGUAAAUAUUUGAACUUUUUGUUUAAUCUAGUAUGUAAAUUGGCAUUUAAUUUUUAUUUAUUUUUGAUACAUCACGAAGCUUGGAUAGAUUAUUUGAGUCCUUAAUAUGUAUACAAAUCUGUACGCAGUGCCAUUAUAAUCGAAUUUUAUAGUUAUUUUUUAAAGUAGAUUAUAGUGGGUUUUAU